GCAUGAUCAAUCCGGUUGACACCAGAAGGAGAGAUAGGCAACUGAGAGACCAAGGAGGAAUCAACAGCACGACAAACCAGGAAGUGAUCACGGGUGAGUCUAGCACCAGAAGAACAAGGACACUCUUCAUCCAUGUUCGUAAAGCGACCGAGACGCCAGCGAACCAGUCGACUACGGGCAUUACGAGACAUGGAGAGGUAUAGGAUAGGACCCGGUUGUGACACAGAGGGAUGACAAGCAUGGAGAAAGACAAAUUUACCAGAAAUUGAAGCAGUUGGCAUUUGACGAUCAAACUGUUCUUGCCAAUGGGAGUCAAAGAGAGCCCUGAGAGUGGAGGAAUUUUUGGUAGCCAAAAUUAGAAAAAUGUGCUAUUGACGUAAAGUCUGCCAUUGGACAACUGGAAAACAGAAGGAGCUCCAUGGGUAUUACGUUCAAUAGAGCAAUACCAUUUAUUGAAGGCCAUGAAAGAUCAGAAUGGAUGAAACCGACUUGGUACUCCUCACCCCGUCAGCAACAAGCCAAGUCGCAACUGCCUUUUAAUUUGUUUGGAAGAGAAGCAUAUUACAGUGAACCUGAGGAAGACGUUAGAUCAGCAGCGGAGAGCGAUAGAUUUGAAGAAGAAAAAGAAGAUGCAGACGAAUUUGGUUGGGUUAGAAGAAAUAAUAGCUGGUUCAACAUUUACUCAAAAACUUUUAGUCAUAUUCAUUACGAAAAACCCGAAUUAAAUGAAUGGAUAAAUGCAGCAACUAGUACACUUAUCCAGCGAUUUUCAUAUAAAAUCUAUAUUUUGAGAAAAUGA